CAAGGCGCUUGUUGUGAAAUUAGUAUCUUAAGAAAGUCGUGAAAAGGCUUUUACUCAUGAAUACUUCAUUAUUAGUAGAAAACAGCCCAAUUUGGGUUCUCCAGACACCUGUUCGGCAGGAAAUAACUUCUUCCCAUCCCCCCGCCCCAACCUGUCUCUGAAAAGAGUAUCAUGUUUGCUGAACUUUUCAGCCCAAAAAGUUCUGGGGGAGGGAGACAGCUGAGAUUGGCUCUAGAGUCUUGGAGGGCUGUUCUCAAAGGCAGAUUGAUGCCAGCGCUGAAAUACUGGCUCACUCUAACCAACUUGCGGGGCUUUCUGCAGCGCCUGCGGGAUGAGCUUUCCCUCCAGGCCCCGGGGCUGGCGUCGGGGUGAGCCCGGAGGCUCAUAAUGACGAGCACUGGAUUAUGCAUAAAUACCAACAGAGGGAAGUUGCUGCUGCCGAACUCCUCCUCCAUCAUCGCUGGAAGGCCCCUUCCUGCCGGUCGCCUUUCACCGUAGGGAGAGAUCCCGUUUAUUGCCCCCUCCUUUGUGCAGACAUCUCACUUUGGGGACUGCAGGCUCACAAGGGCAGUUAGGUGCAGGGAGAGCCCCAGGCUGACUCCCCCGGGGAUGUAUGGGGAGCCGGCACAGAGGAACAUGCCCCCCAAGGCGACGUUACUCAAUGCUGAUCAAAGCCUGACGAGGGCCCUUCGGAUUGUCCCGCGGCUGGUUAUGGAGCCGUGCUAGGAGCCCUUCCCAAGCCAGCGUUAGCGAGGCCAGGGAGCACAGGGGAGGUGUUAUGCGUGGGGAGGUCUGGCGGGCUCCGGAGGGUCGCACAAUAAAUGGAAGCUAGUCCCGGCUCUAACUAGCCUGCGCCGUGCUUAGAGCAAGGAGGGGGGUUUUGUCCCGUGAGCUGCAUUUGGGCUGGCAACCUGGCUGGGGUUAGGGCUUGAUCCUGUUUUAAUGUGGUCUCUGUUAGGGUCAGUAGAUGGUCUCCCCCACUGCUCCAAUCUGCCUCCUGAAGGGCAGUGUGUGCUCCCACCUGGGGAGGUAGCGGGUUGAAAGAAGGCUGGGAACGUGGGAUUUUGGCAGCCGGUUUCCUUGAAUGCCGGUUUUGUGUCCUUAGCUCCCAGUCAUCUCUGGCACUUCCAGGAGGCACCAAGCUUGGUUGCGAUGAGCUGUACGGGCUUCAGUCUAAGGCGCCCUGUUCGGCCUUGCUAAGGACAGGCUGACCAAGCAGCUGGCAGAACAAUGCUGUCCUCUGUGCCCAAGUGGGAACCUGGGGCAGCAGUGCAGAGCAUCCCUUCCCAGCCUGUGGGACUAGCCAACCAGCGCCUCGGCCUGGGCAGUCUGUGACCCUCCCUGAGGGAAGCCAGAGCCGGCUGGAUUAGCUGGGUGUAGGCCAGAGCACGGCUGCACUUGAAGGUUUUGCAGCAGUGACACCGGUAACAGGUGGUGGUUUCCCUUCCCCAUGUCGCUGCCUGGCUCCAGAGGUGGGGCUGAAGGACGAAUCUGAGGGCACGUGUCCCGGAGAACCAGUUCCCACUUUAUCAUCAGCCCUGUCUGCAUCUGCCCUCUGCUCAGAGGGCAGGAGUUACAGUCUACUCUGCAGCCUGCCUUCCCACAGGGGAAGAGAGCUCGGGGGAGGCAGGGAGCGAGCAAUCCGCAGGUGCCCAAGAUCGUUUGUCAGUUCAGAGACGAAAGCAAGCGAUUUCCAAGAACGUCUGUCCAUUGUGCUCAGGAAAAAGAUAUUUCUAUAAUUGCUCCGACACAACCGGUAACCAGUGCACUGCAGCCAAAGCAGAUUGAGCGGCUAUUCCGGCUUCAGCCACCGUGAGGGGGAAAGUGUCUACAUCGGGGGCCGGGGGGGAGGAGGGAAAUCUUCGUGGACAGAGGUGAUCUGCAGGUCUGGUCCCAGCAGAGGAAGGUCUUCCCUUUGUAUCCCAGCUGGACGGGUGCUUCCCUCGACAGGAGGCUGAUUGGGGCUUGCCUAGCUGGCCUGGGAGCCCCCUCGGAGCAGGCAGCUCCUGCAGUGACCUGAGACACGUUGAUGUACAAUAGCAGCGUGAGGGUCUCCAGUCGUGACUCCAGCAGCGCUCUCCAACACUUGGACCAUGUUGGCCUGUCUCCAGAGAACCCAGAACCCGCCAGCCCAGCACCUCGCAUGUCCAAACAAGACCCUGGAGCCGCGGAAGUGUGAAACGGUGGCCUCCAUGCAUUCCCCACGCUACCCCAGCCCAGCCGAACUGGACGCCUAUGCACAGAAAGUCGCCAACAACCCCCUAACCAUCAAGAUCUUUCCCACCAACAUCAGGGUCCCCCAGCACAAGCACCUUAACCGGACGGUCAAUGGGUACGACACGACAGGGCAGCGCUACAGCCCCUACCCCGUGCAUUCCAGCGGCUACCAGGGCCUCCUGGCCAUCGUAAAGGCCUCAAGCAAAAGCAUCGUGAAGAACUCGGAGGGCAAGCGGACUAAGAUGUCUCCAGCGCAGGUGGCCAUUGCCCCCUACCCAGUGUCAAGCACUUUAGCGCCGGGCCCCUCAUGCGCCGGGCACUUGAAUUAUCACAGUACUCAGAAGCAGCUCGAGGCGCCGGUCCCCCCAAACGUGACCGUAGCUACGUCCGUGAUCCCGCUCGCAGGCCGGAACCUGGCCCUGCAGCAGUCCAACUUGCCCUCUAUCCAGAGCAUCAUCUACCAGAUCAAUCAGCAGUGCCAGGCCCAGGGCUCCCAGCAGGCCUGCCAAGGGGUGGUGGUGACCGACCCCAGCCCAGCAAAGCACGGUGCGGCCAGUGGCUUUGCUAGCAUGGCGACGGCGGGCGCUGCUGUGGCCUAUGCCGGUGCCGUCCUGCCCGACUGCCGCAAAGGGGCUGAACUCGCCAUAAGCUCCAACCCAGCCAUGACCGUCGGCCCCAAGGCCGGCAUCUACCCGGACGGCAUGGAUUACCUUAUCUGGCAGCAGAAACAGCAGCAGCUCCGAAUGUACAGCGGGGGCAGCGGAGGGGGGGGCGCCGUCAGCAAGUCCCCAGAGACGUGUGCGGGGGUCUCGCGCCCCUACACCCUGACAGGCGCAGUGGAGAAGGUGAGCUCCUCCCCUUUGAACUGCGUGGCCAUGCACGGCAACUUCUCGGUGGGCCAGUAUUUUGCCCCCCCUUGGAACAGCAUCUUGGUCACCCCCAACAGCGACUGUUACAACCCCCAGGAGCUUGCCAACGGGCACCGCGAGCUCGGCGUGCCCCCCUCCGACGGCCUGUCCAGCAAAACGCUCUGCAAUACCUCCAUCCUCAGCAGCAGCCUCCAGUCACUGGAGUAUCUCAUCAAUGACAUCCACCCGCCAUGCAUCAAAGAGCAGAUGCUGGGCAAGGGCUACGAGACCGUGUCUGUGCCAAGACUCUUGGACCAUCAACACGCCCACAUUCGCCUGCCCGUCUACAGAUAAGAGCCUGGCGCUGCUUUCCAAACAAAGGGCCAUGGUGGGAACUUGACUGGCAUCCAUUCUCCUCUCCGGCACCGCCAGGGUCUGUGGCGAAACAAAGC